ACACAUCCCCUACAAACGAAUAUACUCAAUUGAUCUUUACCUACCAAACUAUAUAGCAUCCUUUCUACAUAUAUACAAUAUAUAUCUAAACUCAUAUCUCAAGAAGACUUUGUUAAGUUUGAAGAAUAUACAUAUCAUGACCCAGCGUGUACCAAGCUGGGAUUUGGAAGAAGUCAAUCCAAAUCACCACAUUUUCAAGUUAGAUUAUGAAGUGGCAGAAUUAACAUGGGAAAACGGUCAGCUUGCAUUGCACGAACUAGGUUCCCGGCGCGUGCCUUCCAAAUCCCAAACCACAACCUCAUGGGACCAACCACGCGCCGCCGAGACACUGGAGGCUAUAGUCAACCAAGCAACACUCCAACAACCGUGCUACAAAACCGACGUAGCGGUUAAAGACGUUGACGAGCUAGUCCCGUGGAGGCACCACCACAAGCCCACCAUCGACGUCGGGAAUUUAAACGAACCAACCACCGUGACUUCCGACGCACUAGUACCCAACUCCAACCAUCGAACCGGUGAGGGAUUGGCUCAAGCCCAACUGUCGGUUAAGAGGGUUCGUGAUGCGGGUUGUUCGACACAUGUUAGUUCAUGUAGUGGAAACCCGUCCGCGUUUGUGGACCCACGGAUGGCUCAUGGUGGUGGGAAUUUUGUAACACGUGAUGUAUACGAGCGUGAUGUGGGUGGUCGACGAUUAACGUCUACCUCAACAGGGUCACCCGAAAUUACUAGCUCUGGUCGAGACUGCUCGAACUCAACAUUUCUGGAGCACACCGCUUGUCACCAUAGAACUCAGACAAAAGCAGCAAAUGAAAAGACAAAAUCUUCGAUGGUAAAUAAACGGCGGAGGACGGCGGCCAUUCAUAAUCAAUCCGAACGGAAAAGAAGGGACAAGAUUAAUCAGAAAUUGAAGACGCUACAGAAGUUGGUACCGAACUCGAGCAAGACGGAUAAAGCGUCAAUGCUAGAUGAAGUAAUUGAGCACAUAAAACAAUUGCAAGUACAAGUUAAUGCGGCGAAUAUGAUGAAUAUGUCACCGAUGAUGAUAUCCAUGGUAAUGCAACAACAGCUACAGUUACAGAAGUCUAUAAUGAACUCGAUGGGAAUGGGAAUGGGUAUGGGGAUGGGAAUGGGAAUGGGAGGCAUGGACAUGAAUGCCAACAUCCCACCUCGUUUUCACCCGUCCGCUUUCAUGCAUAUGCCUUCGUGGAACAACAACACCAACGAUCAAGUCAACGCCAAUACCAUGACCGGAAACCCCAUGCCAGCUUUUCUAGCUUCCCGGUGUCAGCCACAAAACAUGGAUUCUUAUAGUAGGAUGGCUGCUUUGUAUCAACAGAUGCAAAAUCAACCUUGUGGCCCAUUUCCAAAGAACUAAGGUGGUGCUAAGAAAUAAAGUGAUUUAGUCAUCAUAAUGUUUAGAUAUAUAUAAACAGUUUUGUUGAUGUAUUCCUCCUUUUAGAAAACUAUAUCUUGUGUAUAAAAUAUCCGGAGGUGAUCUAUACACCUCCAUAAUAUGUGUGGUGUGAUAUGAUUUUGGUGAUGUAACUAAAUAUCCUUUUAACUUUA